CUCUGCGUCAUCAUUUUGCCUCUGUAAAUCUCUGUCUUUGCUUUCUGUCUCUGUCUGUAUUUCUUCUUGUCUCUUUUUCCGUCUUGGCCUCUGUGUCUCUCUUUGCACAUUUCUUGCUUUCUGUCUCUUAGGUUCCCUCUCGGAAUCCCUAUGUUUCUCUGUGUUUCUGUCUACAUCUCACAAGUCAUCUAUCUCCUUGCCUCUGCCCCUCUCUCUCUGUGCCUCUUUCUCUUUCUCUAUCUCAGUCUCUGUAUCUUUUGGUCUCUGUCAGUGUCUUUCUGGCUUUGCCUCUCUUGGGCUCUUUCUUCAUAUCUCUCUGACUCUGCAUGUCUCUCUUAUCUCCGUGUCUAUCUCUCUGUGCCUGUCUCUGUGUCUUCCUAUCUCUCUAUCUCUCCAGCUCUGUCUUGCCUCUUCCUCUGAGUGUGGCUCUUUCUCCUAUCUCUGGUUCUUGCAUGUCUCUCUCUCUUAUCUGUCUCUCUGUCUCUCUCUCUCUGUGACUGUUCACAUCUGCUGUCUGUCUGCUUCUUUGUGGCUGUUUUUUGGCUCUUCAUCUCUCUCUCUGCAUGGAUCUCUUCUCCUUAUCUCUUUGUCUCUGAGUGUCUCUGGUUCUUAGUGCCUCUCUCUGCUUUCAUGUCCCCAUCUGCUCUCCCCACCUCUCUCCUCACCACCCGCCCAUGCCUGUGUCUACAUGUUUCUGUGUGUCUCUGGCAUCUCUCUGCCUCUGUUAGUCUCUCCCUGCCUCCGUAUCCCCUGUACUCCCACCCUCUCCUCUCUCCCUUUCCUUCCUGUAUUCUGUGUCUCUGGUGUCUCUUUGAGUCUCUGGGUCUUAGGACAUCUCCCUGCCUUUGAGUCCCCCUCUGUUCCCCACCCCUCUCGCUCUGUCUCUGUGUUCAUAUGUUUCUGUGUGUCUCUGUGUCUCUCUGACUCUAUGUCUCUGUCUCUGGGCAUCUCUUUGUCUCUGUGAGUCUUUCCCUGCCUCUGAGUCCUCUGUGCUCCCUGCCUAUUCCCUCUCCCUUUUUCCCCUUGUCUCUGUCUCUGGAUGUCUCUGUGUCUCUGGGUGUUUCUGUGAGUCUCCUGGCCUCAGGGCACCUCCCUGCUUUUGAGUUCCCCUCUGCUCCCUGCCCCUCCCUUUCCCCUCUGUCUCCUUCUGUGUGUCUCUGUGUAUCUCUGUGUGUCUCUGUAGGUCUCUGUGCUUUUCCUUGUCUCUGUGUCCCCCUCUAUUCCCCACCCCUCUCCCCUCUCUCUGUUACUGCAUCUCUAUCUGUUUCAGCCUAUCUCUGCGUGUCUCUGUCUCUGUGAAUCUCUGUGUCUCUGUGAGUCUGGGGCCUCUCCCUGACUCCGUGUCCCCUGCGCUCCCCGCCCUCUCCCUCUCCCUCUCUCCCCCCUCUCUCUCUCGCUCGCGCUCUCUCUCUGAGCAUCCUUGGGCCCGGGGUUGCCAUGGGGACAAGGUGGGAGCCGGGGAUGGCGCGCGCCUGGGCUCGCGCCGGCAGCUCAGGCGAGGAGCAGCGGCCAGAGCAGCGCCAGCAGCAGGCAGCGAGCGGGCGCGGGAGCGGGAGCGGGAGCGGGGGUAGCGUUGGCGGCGGCGGCUCCUCCUCGGCCAUCCCCUCGGAGCUGUGCAGCUGACGCGCAUGGCGAAGACAGCGGCGCCUACCGAUGGGAGCAGCGGUUCUCUACUGGACCAGGUUGGUGGCUUGAAUGUAUUAGCUUCGCUGCUUCUGCCCAAGAGAAAUAAGAAUGUCUAAGCCCCUGGAGGCCGAGAAGCAAGGUCUGGACUCCCCGUCAGAGCACACAGACACGGAAAGAAAUGGACCAGACACUAACCAUCAGAACCCCCAGAAUAAGACCUCCCCGUUCUCUGUGUCCCCGACUGGCCCCAGCACCAAGAUCAAGGCUGAAGACCCCAGCAGUGACUCAGCCCCAGCGGCACCCCUGCCCCCCCAGCCGGUUCAGCCGCAUCUGCCCCAGGCCCAACUCAUGUUGACGGGCAGCCAGCUAGCCGGGGACAUCCAGCAGCUCCUCCAGCUCCAGCAGCUGGUGCUUGUGCCGGGUCACCACCUCCAGCCACCUGCUCAGUUCCUGCUGCCGCAGGCCCAGCAGAGUCAGCCAGGCCUGCUACCGACGCCAAAUCUAUUCCAGCUACCUCAGCAAACCCAGGGAGCUCUUCUGACCUCCCAGCCCCGGGCAGGGCUGCCCACACAGGCCGUGACCCGCCCCACGCUGCCCGACCCGCACCUCUCGCACCCGCAGCCCCCCAAAUGCUUGGAGCCACCAUCCCAUCCAGAGGAGCCCAGUGACCUGGAGGAGCUGGAGCAGUUCGCUCGCACCUUCAAGCAACGCCGCAUUAAGCUGGGCUUCACGCAGGGUGACGUGGGUCUGGCCAUGGGCAAGCUCUACGGCAACGACUUCAGCCAGACGACCAUCUCCCGCUUCGAGGCCCUCAACCUGAGCUUCAAGAACAUGUGCAAACUCAAGCCUCUCCUGGAGAAGUGGCUCAACGACGCAGAGACUAUGUCUGUGGACUCAAGCCUGCCCAGUCCCAACCAGCUGAGCAGUCCCAGCCUGGGUUUCGACGGGCUCCCCGGCCGGAGACGCAAGAAGAGGACCAGCAUCGAGACAAACGUCCGCUUCGCCUUAGAGAAGAGUUUUCUAGCGAACCAGAAGCCUACCUCAGAGGAGAUCCUGCUGAUCGCAGAGCAGCUGCACAUGGAGAAGGAGGUGAUCCGCGUCUGGUUCUGCAACCGGCGCCAGAAGGAAAAACGCAUCAACCCCUGCAGCGCGGCCCCCAUGCUGCCCAGCCCGGGCAAGCCGGCCAGCUACAGCCCCCAUCUGGUCACGCCCCAAGGGGGCGCCGGGACCCUGCCGUUGUCCCAAGCUUCCAGCAGUCUGAGCACAACAGUUACUACCUUAUCCUCAGCUGUGGGGACCCUCCACCCCAGCCGGACAGCUGGAGGGGGUGGGGCCGGGGGCGGGGCCGCGCCCUCCCUCAAUUCCAUCCCCUCUGUCACUCCCCCACCCCCGGCCACCACCAACAGCACAAAUCCCAGCCCUCAAGGCAGCCACUCGGCUAUCGGCUUGUCGGGCCUGAACCCCGGCACGGGAAGCACAAUGGUGGGGUUGAGCUCCGGGCUGAGUCCAGCCCUCAUGAGCAACAACCCUUUGGCCACUAUCCAAGCCCUGGCCUCUGGUGGAACCCUGCCCCUUACCAGCCUUGACAGCAGCGGGAACCUGGUGCUGGGGGCGGCUGGCGCGGCCCCAGGGAGUCCGGGCCUGGUGACCUCGUCACUCUUCUUGAACCACGCCGGGCUGCCCCUGCUCAGCGCCCCACCUGGUGUGGGCCUGGUCUCGGCAGCCGCGGCGGCCGUGGCGGCCUCCAUCUCCAGCAAGUCUCCUGGCCUCUCCUCGUCCUCGUCCUCGUCCUCGUCGUCCUCCUCCACUUGCAGUGAGGCGGCAGCACAGACCCCUGGAGGCCCAGGGGGGCCCGAGGUAGGGUCCAAGCCUGAGUGAGGGCCCGCCACGCCUCCCCUCCUCCUCCUCUGACCCCCGCCUCCGUCCCCCACCUGGGAAGAGGGCGAGGAGGCCAUUGGUGGGGAUGCAGAGGGUCCUCGGAGCAGGAGUGACGAGGGAGGAAAGACCAAAAAACAAGAAACAAAAAAACAACCAACCAAAAAGAAAGAAAAGAAAGAAAGAAAGGAAACCAACCAACAGAAAAAAGAAAACCAAAAAUAAUCACGAAGAAACCAGCUGCCCCAAAGGAACAAGAGGUGAAAAACAAACAUUAAAAAAAAAAAAAAGAAAACCAAAAACAAACAAAAAAUCCCUCACCAAACCGAACAAACCAAAAACCAGUCUCGAGCCAGACCUCAGCGUGCUCACCCUCACUGCUACGACACCAAAUAAGAAGCCCAGCCAGGGGCGGAGAAGCCUCGGCAGGGCGGACACGCGGGCCCCCGGCUGCGGGGCGAAGCCUCCCGCUGCGUGCGGCGUGGGCAGAGAAGGAAAAAGAGAAUGUGCCAGCCUCCCAGCCGCAGCCCCCAGUCCUGGGCCAGCCAAGGCAGGGAGGGCACAGCCUGGGGCUGAUGGGGUGGGCUCAGAACCACCCGCCAAAUAUUCCUUUCCAGAAGGUGAAAGAGAAAGGGCCUGAACAACUUUACACCAAAUAUUCAGUAGCUUCAUCCAAAGGAUGUACAGAAUUUUUAGCGUUGUGCUCAACAGAAUGUGUCCCUGUCAUGCGUCCCCCCUCUCCCCUGGCCCCCAGCUCUCCCUGCCUGGGCAGGGGGGGGGUCUCGCUUUAACCUCCUCCCUCCCCCAGCCAGGGGAGAGUUCAGGGGAAGGCCUGGGCUGACUUUUCACCCCUUGUACCUCCCCCUUUUUCCCUUUGAAGGGUGGGCUAGGCCGUUUUGCCAAGUUCUAGCUCUCACAUGUCCCCCGUCAACCCUGUCACCCUCCUCUGCUCUGGAAUCUCCCCCCAUCCCUAGUCCGAGGGAAGGUGGAAGCUUCAGGCAAGAGAGGAUGAGGUGAGGGCUUUCAAGUUGUCUUUUUUUCUAUCCUCGUCUGUCAGUUUCCCUGAAAAAAAAAAAAAAUUCAUAUUCCAGUGCCUAUCCGUGGGAUCCUUCACGUUCUUUGACAUUGACCAGAAACCAAAAAGAUAACUCACCUCGCUCUUCCCACCCUGUGCCCCUCCGAUACUGGCAGAUGCCUCUUCCUCUCCCCUCACACACAUGCACACACGCACGCACCCCAGUGGUGGGGUUCCUCGAGGUGGCGUCCCCAUCAGGGUCCGUGUGGCGGGGACAGUGCCGUGACCUGUGGCCCCCAUCCGAGAGGGCGCUGUGGUGGCCACCACUCCCACAAGACCUCCCUCAAGUCUCGGCUGGACCCUGUGUUUGCCCAGCGCUGGACCCAUCUCGACGGACAGAGGAGAGACGCUGCUGGGAGCCACGUUGCCCUCCUGCUGUUGUGGAGGCCAACAAAGUUCUGAACCAAAAAAACAAAAACAAAAAACCAAACAAUAAAUUAAAACUAGAAAAAAAAAAAGAAUUUAUAGAUAUAUAUAUAUUUAAGGGAAAGAAGACGAGGACUCUUCAAAGGAUACGAAGGAGCCGCGAGGGGGAGCCAAGCCCCUGCACCAGUGGUCCAGGCCCUUGGUCCCCGAGGCGGAUGGAAGGACGGAUGCUUCUUUCUCUUCACAAAUACCUCAUGGACGUCGUCUUCGGGAAAGCCGGACGGGGGCGGCUGGGGCAGGGCCUGUCCCUCAGCCAGGGCGGAUGGAAGCGGGUGGGCAGGGCUGAGAGAGGGUGUCAGGGACAGGGGUGAAGAGCCCCGAGCUCCCCGCCCCCCCAAUCAACUGAAAAAGCUUUAAAAAAAAAAACAAAACAGGAAAAAGAAUAAGAAAGCAAAAAAGAAUGGACGAAGGAAAACUAACAAACUUUCGGGUGGUUUGAUUCCUCCUUUGAGUUCUUCUUCUGUUCUCUUGGUCUGUCUCUCCCUCUUCCUUCCCUCCGCUUUCACCUCUCUUAAUCUCCUUCUUUCUGUGUCUCUCCUCAAACCAAAGUGUUGCUGUGAAGGACGCGAGCCAUUGAAAUCAGAGUGGCCCCCGCCCCUCGCCGGGCAGGAGCAGAGGGAGGGGAGAGCCCCGGGAGAUGGGCAGUGCCGUCGGACACUACCGAGGAGAGGCAGACAGAGCCUCGGACACCACCCCAGGCCCCGAGGCCUCAGCGUUCUCUCUCUUUCUUGCCUCCUUUCUCCCACUCGGGAAAUGAAACUGUUGGGCUGGGACAUGGAGGCAGCAGAGGCUCAGCUGUUUCAGGGGUCUCGGGGUGCCUUGUCUGGGCAGUGGUGGAGUGGCUGCCCCUCCCACCCUGGCACCGAUGGGGCCUGGCCUGCCGUCGACCCAUCCUCGCCAGAAUGUAAGCAUCUCCGCUGAACCGGCUCCCUGCCCUUACCCUACCUCUGACUUUGUCCUUUUUUAUUUCCUGAAGAGAAGGGACUGGCUAGAGGGCCUGGGCCCCAGCCCAAGGGUGGAGAGGGGGCCAAGGGCUCCUGAACAGAUAGGAAGGACAUUUGAGCAGAGCCAAGUGAAAGGAAUUACAACCAAAAACCCCUCUGAGAAGACAGGCAGCAUGGAAGGCAUGGUGGAGAUGACUCAAACAAAAACUAUGAUUCUAGACCAAAAAAAAGGAAAAAAAGAAAAAAAAAAAAAAAGAAAAAAAAAAAGAAAAAAAAAAAAGGAAAGAAAAUCCAGGACUCACCACCACCCACUUCAUCCUGCUUCCUCUCCAUCAAGUCCUGCCACCUGGGACCUUCCUCCACCCCAGUGUGGGAGGAGCGGGGCAGAGGGGAGAGGAGGAAGCAGGGGGCAGGGAUGGGGCUGAUGCCCUGACAUUGGUGGAGGGACCCCUGUGCAGCCGGGGUGGUGGGGACCCUCCCCGUCCGACCCCCAUAACUGGGAAAAGAAAAACAAGAAAAAAAGAAAAUUCCUGGAAGGGGGAAAAAUAACCAAAUCCCAAGCUUUAACUACAGCUGUGAAACCAAAUAUUGGGAAGGGGGUGGGAGGGAGGGAGGGGCAAGUGCGCCCCAGGUCUCCCCCCUGGGCCCCCUCCCCCGAGGACUCGAGAUAAGGCACCAAAUACCUCAUAGAACUUUAAUGUUAAAAAAUGGAAACCAAAUAUCGUUGGCUGGGGGCCAGCCAGGGCAAGGGGCCGGGGGCCUGAGGGAGCCAGGGUUGGGAAGGUGAUGGGGGAAUUCAUGCCCCCAACCCCCUCUGCCCCUUUCACUCCAGUCCCCCACCCCGUCUCGACUCCGGGAAACAAAACUAUCUCAUCGUUUUUAUUUUGUGGUCUGUACAGAGCCUGUGUCCGUGUGUCUGUGUGCGAGCGAGAGAGUUGGGGGGCUGGGGAACUUUACGUGGGGUUGGGGAAGGAGACCCCAGGCUGGGUUCUGGGCUAGGUGAGAUGUCUGAGGUGGGGGGCCAGGGGCCUGGGCUAGAAAGGACGAUGAAUGGGUUGGAGAAAGUGGAAGCCCUCUGAAUUUCUCCUCCCCAACCCUGACCUCCUACUGGAGGGAGGGACAGAGACUGGGUCUACCUAAUGGUGGGCCUUUUAAUUGUGCCAAAAAAAAAAAAAAAAAAAA